GUUGCGUCUUCAUUCGUCUAGCCAAUAGAAGCACGAAGUGAGGAAACCGGCAGCUCUUUGAUGACGUGUGUGAUCUAAAGCACAAAACCGCGUGAAAAUGCUCUUCUACUCGUUCUUCAAGUCCUUGGUCGGCAAAGAUGUUGUGGUGGAGCUCAAGAAUGACUUGAGUAUUUGUGGAACAUUACACUCAGUCGAUCAGUAUCUGAACAUCAAAAUGACUGAUAUCAGUGUGACCGAUCCAGAGAAAUAUCCGCACAUGUUGUCGGUGAAAAACUGCUUUAUCCGUGGAUCAGUAGUGCGAUACGUUCAGCUUCCUGCGGAUGAGGUGGACACACAGCUAUUACAGGAUGCUGCACGCAAAGAAGCUAUGCAACAGAAGCAAUAAUGUUUACAUCUGAGCAUAGCUUUUUGUUGGACUGUUCAGAAGCAUCAUCUGUGGAGCUUUGUAGAUUAUGUUUUUCCCCCUACCUGAAGCUUUUAUGUAAAGUGGUGAUUUUUUUUCUUCUUCUUAAUUUCCAUUUUUACCUCUGUUGCCAUGAGGCCCAUUACGGAGAGGGAUUGACUUUUUUCAAUAAAUUGUGGUUGUGUGCUUUUAAUAAUGGUUAUAAGGUUCUGUAUUGCAUCCAGAUGACUUUUGUUAGAAGUUCUUCAGACCUACUAAUACAGGAAUAAAGUAUUUUUUUCCA